UAAUAUAUAACCUAAAUUGUUAGAGCAAUUUUUUUGAUCCCUGCAAUUUUUUGCUUGUCUUUAUUAAACAAAAUUUGAAUUACUAUCACAGCUAUGGCUUUGAGACAGAUACUCUAUAAUUGUAAUAGAAUGCUGGGUGGCUUAGACUCAACGUUCUUCAUACAAUCGAAACUAAUACACUGCACCUGUAACAAUUUGAGAGAUGUCGUGGAUAGGAAAGAAAUGCUUCGUUCAUUACCAAAAAUUGAUGAAGGUACAUCUGGUGAGAAGGCUGAAGAAAUGGACAUUCUACUGAAAGACAAGCAGAGUAUGUUUCCUACCAAGGAUACUCCUAAUCAAUUAUUCAAUGGAAUAAGAUUUAGAGAUUUACCAAUAUUCAAUAUCAAAUCUUCUCCGAAUAAUACUAUAAUAUCUCUAACUAAUAGUAAAGGGGAUCCUCAAAUGCUGAGAAGCUGUGGUAUUGAAGGUUUCAAGAAUACAAGAAAAGGGACAAAUAUAGCUGCACAAGCUACAGCCAUCACCAUUGGAACAAAAGCAUAUAACAAAGGGAUUAAAACAGUGAGAGUCCGAGUUAGAGGUGUUGGUCCAGGUAGAAUGUCCUCCAUCAAAGGUCUUCAAAUGGCAGGUUUACAAAUUGUUUCAAUAACUGAUAAUACACCUGUUUCCUGGAAUCCACCGAGGCCCAGAAAACAACGCAAAUUGUAAUCGAUUUUAAUAUGAAUAAACAGUAAUUUUUA